UCCAAACACUAACUAUUCCUAGUCUUUAUCUUCAGCACCUCCUUACUAGUGAAACUCCAGUUCCUGCUUCUGCACUCUCUUCUAGCUCAUUACUAUGCUUUCAAAUGCAGUUAUCUUGUUCAAAAACUAAAGUCCCCGAGUCUCCAGCCCCUCCAGAUUCCUGCCACUUCACUGCAAAGUGUGAAAUAUUAUCUACACAUUUCUAUUUAUCCACUAAAACUGCCGCUAUCUGGGUCACCAAUACUCAUUUUCUAGACCUGUGAAUACCGGGCCAUUUCACUUCUUUUGUGACAAUUAUCAGUUGACCACUUUGAAGCCAUCCCCCUUAGCUGCCAUUACACCGUACCACCUCUGGCUAGUGUUCAGUUGUGGCGUAUCUCCCUGACCCUUCUUGCUCUGUGCUGGACCUGCAUGUCAGCGCUGCGCAUUGGAAAUGUGUCUGACGGUCCAUUCAUUCUCUUUUGUUACCAUCUGUUCUCCAUCACCCACACAGGUCUCUGAUGCUUCAGUUAGGUAUUCGGGUAGCUCUGUAACUAUUCCCCUUUGAUCUCUCCAAUCAUUUCAAACUUACUGUACCCUAAAAACUCACCUCAAACCACCAACCCUGCUCACCAGCCCCAGACUUGGGCAUCUUCCGUCUUAGUUGCACCGUGUGAUCUUUCCCCCAUCUCUGGCCAUUCAAGAUCCAAAGAUCCUCAAACGGUUACAAGCCAUCUCCCAGUUAGGUGGCAGAGAUCUCCCUACCUCCAGGCAUAUAUUGUCCACACAUUCUAACCUAACUGGACAAGGGCAGUGUCUAACUUCAGCACUUGUACUGACUUGCCUCUGCUCCAGUCGUAUUCCACUUCACAGUGCAUCAUCUCCCCUCCUUUCGCACGGCAGUGUGCGAAUUGCCACGAUGCCGCGUGGAGCAGGCGAGCGCAGAGACUGGCUACUUCGUCACUCCUAAGGAUGGGUGACAUCUUUGCCUAAGCUGACAAAGAUGGCUCACCACGUGAUCACACCCCAGGCGGGCGGGUUCCAAAAGAACGAAAUCCCGGCGCAAGGCGGCGCUCUCAGAUGAGGGCAGAUGCGCAAGCCGCUUCCGCCCGUGACGUGCGCAGGCGCACAGGACCCUUCCGCCGCGCGGUGGCCCUCCGCGGUGCCUGCCGGCUUGCGAUGCUGCUGCUCGCGGUGGGUCGCGGCAUUUCGGUCCCUGCUAGAGUCUUGUCUGCUUCCACAAUGCCUAAGAAAGCCGGUGCAACGAGCAAGGGUAAAAACCAAACCAAGGAACCAGAGACUCCACUUCCUCCUGCAGGGCCUGUGGCCACUGAUCCAAAAGGUUGUAUCACCAUUGCCAUUCAUGCCAAACCCGGCUCCAAACAAAAUGCUGUGACAGAUCUGACCACCGAGGCCGUCGGUGUGGCAAUCGCGGCACCUCCAUCAGAGGGAGAAGCAAACGCGGAGCUCUGUCGCUAUCUCUCUAAGGUCUUGGAGCUCAGGAAGAGUGAUGUGGUUCUGGACAAGGGUGGUAAAUCUCGGGAAAAGGUGGUGAAGCUCUUGGCCUCGACGACCCCAGAAGAGGUCUUGGAGAAACUGAAAAAGGAAGCUGAAAAAAAAUAAAGGCAAGAAGUGAUAAGCGUCACCACGGAACAGCUGGACAAGCCGUCAGGACGCUGACCUCACCCUUCGCUGUCCACGAUGGUGCCUCUGAUCUGCAGACUCUGGGAGACCAGUUGAGGAUCACAGCGUACAAGAUGACAUAAGAACCCAGCUCCUGCCGGCAGUGGUGGCACACGCCUCUAAUCCCAGCACUCAGGAGGCAGAGGC